UGAUUUUCGCAAUGGAAGAAAAUUUUCCAAUGAAAUAAAUGCCAACGUGUUUUGUCUGUUUGUUUGGUCAAAUGUUUCUUCGUUUAUUCCGUAAUUAUCAUCAUCGUUUAUCAUCGUUAGUUAAUCAUCAUCCACUAGUUUAUUCUGAACGAACAAUUUUUCAACACCAACAACGAUCAUUAUUAUUAAAUUCAUUCAUCAGAAUGGCCGAUAAUAAAACAGCAAUUGAAGAACAAAUUAAACAACAAGGCGAUCUAGUUCGUUCACUAAAAAGUCAAAAAGCUGAUAAAGAAAAGGUAAUCUUUCUUUUUUCGUUUUUGCGAAAUUUAAUACAUUUUUCAUUGAUUGAUUGUUUUAUCAUAUCAUUUCAGAUUGAUUUGGAAGUUUCGAAACUUUUGUCAUUGAAAGCACGAUUAAGUCCCGCAUCACCACCAUCGGAUAAACAUCGUAGCAGUCCAACGAAAAAGGAUGAUAAAAAAGAUAGUAAAAAAUUUACUUUGAAAACACCGAAAGGAAUGCGUGAUUUUGAAUCAAAACAAAUGUUGGUUAGAGAAAAAGUUUUUAAAAUUAUUACGGAUAUUUUUAAACGGCAUGGUGGUUUAGCAAUUGAUACACCUGUUUGUGAAAGAAAAGAUGUUCUAACAGGAAAAUAUGGUGAAGAUUCAAAAUUAAUUUAUGAUCUUGAAGAUCAAGGUGGUGAAUUACUUUCACUAAGAUAUGAUCUAACAGUACCAUUUGCAAGAUUUUUAGCACAAAAUAAAAUAAAUCAAAUGAAACGUUAUCAUAUUGCAAAAGUUUAUCGUCGUGAUAAUCCAUCAGUAACUAAAGGUAGAUUUCGUGAAUUUUAUCAAUGUGAUUUUGAUAUUGCCGGUAAAUAUGAUCCAAUGAUUCCGGAUGUUGAAUGUUUACGUAUUAUUUAUGAAAUUCUAAAUGAAUUAAAUUUAAAGUCAUUUUUGAUAAAAAUAAAUCAUCGUUGUAUUUUGGAUGGUUUAUUUGAAAUAUGUGGUGUACCUGAAGAUAAAUUCCGUACGAUUUGUUCAUCCGUUGAUAAAUUGGAUAAAAAUACCUGGGAAGAAGUUAAAGAAGAAAUGAUUAAAGAAAAAGGUUUGUCCGAAAUGGUUGCCGAUCGUAUUGGAGAAUUUGUUAAAAUGAAUGGAUCAAUUGAACUAGUCGAACAAUUGUUAACGAAUGAAGAAUUUGCCCGAAAUAAACGUGCUACAAAAGGAUUAAUGGAAAUUCAAACAUUAUUUAAUUAUUGUAGAAUAUUUGAAAUUGAAUCAUCAAUUUCAUUUGAUCUGAGUUUAGCACGUGGUUUAGAUUAUUAUACUGGUUUAAUUUAUGAAGUAAUUAUAACGGAUAAAAAUAUUGAAUGUGGUAGUAUUGCUGCUGGUGGUCGUUAUGAUAAUCUUGUCGGAAUGUUGGCUGAAACUAAUAAUUGGGAAGUACCUUGUGUCGGUUUGAGUAUUGGUAUCGAACGUAUAUUGACUAUAAUUGAAGAACGAAUGUUCAAUGAUAAUCAAAUUGGUGUUGGAUCACCAACACAAGUUCUAGUUGCAUCAAUUGGUAAUGAAUUACUCGAAGAACGAAUGAAAAUAUUAUUAGAAUUAUGGCAAGCAAAUAUAAAUGCUGAACAUAUUUAUAAAAAAUCUAUAAAAAUUUUAAAUAAUUAUCAAUAUUGUGAAACAAAUCGAAUACCAUAUGCAGUUAUAUUGGCUGAAGAUGAAUUGAAACGUGGUAUGGUGAAAAUUCGUAAUAUUCAAACACGUAAAGAAAUAGAAAUCGAACGUUCGAAUCUUUUGGUUGAAUUGAAAAAAUUAUUUGAUAAUUGAUAAUUUUUGUGUGCGGGUAAAAACUAAUAACAAAUCAAUUUAUAAACAUUUUAA